AUGUCACUGCCAACGAUAGCCUCACUAAGCUCCGAAAUCCUUCUUGAAAUGCUCAACUCAAUCACACACGAAGUGGUAGCCGAAGAAUUACUUAAAGAGGAGCAUCUACGAUCUCAAUACGGACGACCUUUGGCUGUGACACAGUUGCCACGGCCAACCACAAAACAGAAGGAUAAACAGAUUAAAGAAAGAUUUAUAUUUAAUAAAGGAAACUCUAAGGACAUAUUUGGCAAUGACAAAGUCAGCGAUAACAGCGUAUAUUUUGUUUGUACAAAUUGCAAUAGAAACAUUGCGGGAAGCCGGUUCGCCAAUCAUAUUAAUCGUUGCUUAGGGGGAAGAAACACAAAGAAGGAGAGGAUAAGUGACUAA